AUGCAACGUGCCGGACGGCGAGCGCUGCCGCUGCUGCUGCCGCUGCCGCUGCUGCUGCUGGCAGCCCUGGGGCCGAGCCCGGCGGGCGCCUUCCCCCGGGGCACCCCGCGGCACAGGAGCUGCGGCCUCUCCAAGUACCGCUUCCUCCUGCCCGCCGAGCUCAAGGCCGUGCAGAAAAUGAAGGAGGACUUUGUGGAGACCAUGCUCCUGUCCGACCGCAAGUGCAACGCCCGGGUUUUCCAUCGGAAAUGGAGCACGGCAGAGCUGUCGGUGCCCGACCGCAUGAUGCUGGUGGAGGCCGAGCUGGACCUCGUGAUGGCCGUCCUGGAGCGCCCGGCGGCCUCCCGCCUCGCCGAGACGCACCCGCGGCCGCUGGCCUUCCUCGCCCAGGCCCGGGAGGACCUGCGGGGCUGCAGCGCCGGCGAGGCUCCCGCGCACCAGCCCUCCGGGAAGCUGCGGCACUGGCUGCACAAGCUGGAGACGGCCAAGCAGAAGGAGACCGCCGGCUGCCUGGAGGCCUCCGCCAUCCUGCACCUCUUCCAAGUGCUCAGCGACCUGAAGUGCACGGCGCUCCGCGAGGACUGCACCUAG